GCGUGAACUAGUUCUUUCACAGGAAGAGGAAUGUCAAAAACUGUAGUGAAGAGGGGGAGCUAGUCGAGAAAUGAUGUGAAUCACCAUGCCGCCGAAGAAAGACGCAGACGCAGGUCCUCCUUCGAACUUGACGUUCGAAGCGAGAGAGCCUUCACAGGUUGAAGCAGCAGAGGAAGUCCGCACCUUCGUCCCUGCGGAGAGGAAGCAGGUUCGCGACUACCCAGAGUGGGAUCCGGCUUUGGUGGACCAUAUCAAUUGGCAGUUUGAUGUAGUGGAGAGCUAUUUUCCAGAUCCUAGUGUAGCCGACAAAUUCAACGUUCGACAAACGCCAGGGACCUGGUUCGACGUGGAAUAUCCGUAUCUUUGGUUGAUCAUCUAUUUAAGUACUACAGUUCUCUUAAUACGAGGAAGGAAAGCAAGCUCUUGUUGAGGAUGAGGACUCCAUAAUCAGCAUGAUAUGGAUAUCUAUUCUCAACUCCACUUCUCAAAUCCACUUCUCAACUCCACAUCCUUCAGAGUAUGGAGAUCCGAAGCUCAAGAGGUGCCACUAGAGGAAUCAAUAAAGAAGCGAACUGAGAGCUGGCGCAGGCUUACACAUAUAAAAGCUGCUCAGCAUGUCGUCGAACCACCAGAAGAUGAGGCUGAGAUUAAGCCGGCUUUUGUACUAUGAGAUGUUGCUGCACACACACACAAUGACUAGACUCGUCAAAUUUCGUUUUGUCAUCAGGCAAUGCUUUCUUCCGUCUCAUCGAAAGAAUUGUAGUUGCCAGGAAUGUUACGGCCAUUUCUACUUACACUUCUGAGUACCCACCAAACAUACAACAGGAGCAAAGCGAGAAGUCUACUCAGCAACAGUACGAGGAGUAUCUCGCACCACGUGGGGAGGCAUAUAGCAAGUCUUGCAUGCUGGCGUUUUUGGAGAAUGUCAAUUAUGAUCCUGCUGAUUUCUAUUUCUUCGGUUGAUGCCUAUCCUGUGAUUUAUCCUGAUACUACUUACGACUACUGCUCAUCAUAAAAUUACUAUUAGUUGUGGCUUACUAAUGACAGCACUUUCUUGUUCUCCAUUGGACCAAACAACAAGAUACAACACUCGAUCUUCUAUAUUCCUACGAAAGAAAGUGCCUUCUAAGCUCAGCAGCACGACAUGUAUCGGGAACUGGGAUUGCCGGUGCCAGGCAUGAGCAGUAGGCCUAUGUCAGCCGCCAGUAUGAAGUCGAGUGGCUCCCAACAGUCCAACGCAACACCACCGCCGGCGCCUUAUUUUAUGGGGAAGCAUUGACGACCAACAUACCCCUCCCUUCUUCAGUGUGUGCGUUUAAAAUUAGUUCUGCUAAAUGCGAGGUUAGUGAAGUUGAAUAACCUACAAUCUAAUUCGUACUCCAUUAUUUUAUGGGGAUGAAGGUGAUAGAUCAUGUGCAUGAGAUCGUCACCAUUGAGAUAUUCGAGAGAAUACAACUAGAUAAGAGUACCUGAGAAUACUGUCUCUGGCCGCUAUGUUGAAGUUUCCACUGCUUAUCUCCUGGUGCUCUAAUCCCUUACGUAUGCCCGCUUGCAUGUUCGUCCAGCCACACCAAGAUUCGAGCUAUGCACAGUCAAUGGCCAGCGCGUUCCAGCUAAUCGAAGACAACGCAUCUACCAUGCUACCAACUGGUGACUACCUCUACGAGCUGAUCUAUCCACAAGCCGAAGUCUCAUUCAAGCAAGGGGAGGAGAAGGUAUGGAAUUGAAUGGACGAGAACUACCUUGUCCGAAGAUUAUAUGGAUCUUGCUGCUCUGUGACGAGAGGAAAAGGAAUUUUUAAAGUUUUCUUAUCAUGUGGUCUCCUAGCUACUUCUAUCCAUAUAAUUUUUGGACCAUGAUUAGCAAUCGACGUACUUAUAACCUUCCACCUCCACGACCUUCUCUAACCUCCACCGAGGAAGGCCAAGAGGAGCCUCCACCGCCACCAAAGGCUGGCAAAGCAAAGAUGCCCAUCAUCAAUCCGAGUGGCAAGUACGUAGUCCGUCUCUGGCUCUUCGGAAAGUGGAGAGCGAUAGCUGUGGAUGACUGCAUACCUUGCGAAAAUCCAAGAGGCGACAACGACUAUCACUCGCUAUUGCCAAAUGCGUGCACGAAUGCGAUACUGGCGAGGAUAGCACGUAAUUAAUUGAUGUAGCUGCAUUCCCAUCCGUCAUGAUCUUGAAGAAGAUCAAGAUUUUUUCCUGAAAAUAGAUGUGUACGGUGUACACCAAAGUGCUCUACUCGCAGGACCACAAGUGCAAGACUUCUAGUUCUGCUGCUCCCCAACCUCCUCACUCUUCAUAUUCCCACACGAGUCUGCUCACUCCACCUGACGUGGAGGCGCACUACAGUAAGUUUCUGGCUGUGAUUCUUUUACUCACAUUGUAGUUGUCGUCCUGGUGUAGUUGGUUCUUUUACUCACAGUCCCACUUCUACACAUUCCCACACGAGUUCUACCUCAACAGAAUCCCUCUCCCCGUCCAAGAAGCGAAGACCGCCGAAAGUUGAUCCUGCUAGAGACCUAGAGAAAAACGCUUCGAUGUGGACGCAGAUACUGGGCAAAGCUAUCUUGAAAGUCUCUCAAGACUUCUCGUUUGUGCCUUUGGUUAUGAUUGGAAAACGGUUUUCGAUGAUCUUCUUGAAGUUGCAGAUUUUACUUUUUUGUAGUUCAUCAAGAUCAAGUUCAUUCUUCAUGAUGAUCAAGUGGAUGAAGGAGCUGAGGCAAAAAUACUUCUCGCAUGUCUUACUCCUAAAAAUGGAAUCCUCUAACCUCCUCCACCUCCUGACUGGUUUUAUCCCGGUAGUGGAGCCGCUUACGUGGGCACGCCUGUCCUCGAGAGUGCAGGAAGGGGUGAAGAUGCCCCAUCUGAUGUUCAAACCAGAAGCACAGGAAACAGAUACAGACGAGUCCGCAUACGCUCAUCUUCACGGAACAAUAUGUGAAGUCAACGAAAACAAGGAUGAAAAAGGAGUCGUGCUGCAUAGACAGGUACUACUAACGUGUACUUCUCCUAAAAGAAGGACUCCCUCAUUCAUUAUACUAGAGCUGCUGACGAAGGGAUGUUCAAUGGGAAAUACUCCAGACUCCAAUGUUGUAGUUCCUCGUUCAUACUAGAGCUGCUGACGAAGGGAUGUUCAAUGGAAAAUACUCCAGACUCCAAUGUAGUUCAAUGUUGAGUCUCGGUAGGAUAAAAGUCCCAGACUUCAACAACCCGCUAGAGACAAAGGCUAAGGCAGCACAUCUUUUAGAUUUACCAUUCUUGCGCCUCAGUCUCAAAACUCGCCACGACCAGGUCCGCUUGAAGCUCCCGAGCAAUUUGAAGCCUAUGUGGGCUAUGGAGAGUAAGAUGCUGAGACAUGUGCGGAUGGAAGCGGUAGAAUCCAGUGACUCCGAGAAUGAGAACUCAGAAAUCGAAAAUUCAGAGAACGAAGGGCAGGAGCAUGGAAGCACGACGGAGUCAGCAAUGGUCGACUUUGAAGCUAUUGCGGAAAAACAGAAACGAAAAGAAGCGUACUCGGGCUAUUUCUAUUUGAUAUCCAGUCAGUGUUUAGAAUUGUCAUCUGGUGCUUUAAUCUUCAGAAGAUCAUGAAAAUCGGAAUGCGCCUCCAGAACUUUCGGCGGGUGUGUACGGGGAGGCUUACGCGGCUACUCGCCUGCGCCAACGCUUUCGCGUAGGGCCUAAGCCACGGGGCGCGCCUAGUCAUGUCGGACCCGGUAGGACACUUCGCACCCGCUUGGACACAUCGGGGGCCGCGUCCUCUUUAAACCGUUCGCCGCUUGCUGGUUUCCUUGCCAUCCGCACCGCGUGGGUGUCUCCAAUGGGGAAGCACCAGCCGACCCCUCGCCAAGGUGAGCGCUAGCCGCUCCCGGGUCGGUGCGGGGGCUUGAACGGAGUGCCACACACUCACACGGAACGUACCGCCCGCGGUAGGGCUGACGCAGGCAGAGGCAACUGGCGCGGGCAUGCAGAGCAUCAAAGAAAGUGGGUGGAAAGAAUAGGAUAGUCGUUCCCAGUUCCACCCGCGUCGCGGUGUUUUUGUCUAUUUUCAAGGAGUAGUGUGGGCUUUUGUCUAGUCUUUCGCUCGCAGGCCGGAGGAAGUGGCACGGUGAAAACGGAUCGAAGGCUGCAGCCGGGAGAUCGUGGCAGGCGAGAGGGCUCAUUCGGGCUUGGGUGCUGCUUGUCGUUUCGUCUGGGUGGAGCUGUGGCGCUUCUUUUGUGGUUUCGUCUGCCCAAGGGCGCCCCAGCUGCCCAGUUAGUUUCGCAUGUCUCGUUUCCCCUAGAUGUGGCGUUUUCGGCCCGCGCUGUGGCUGUCGGAUGUCGUCUAUGCAAUACCGACCAGCGGCAAAGUUUUCCAAGGUGGCCACGGCUCUGCCUUUUUCCACGGGGCUGGUGGGUGAAUCCGCUAGGGGCCACCGCUUCAUGCAUAUGCGUCGCAGCGUGUGGAGCGGUGCUGGCGUGUCUGUUUGAUUUCCUUCAUUUCAUGACUGGGAGUCAACAUGCAGAUGCUGCUGCGCCUCCUCGUGUCUAUGGAAAUCGGUGAAGGAGCCGACAAACUGACAAGGGGCGCAGUGCUUCCCCUCUGUGUUCUUGCUAAGUAAUUCGUGGCUUUACUUAGCCCGCCUGAGCCCCUGCCUUAGACGGGUAAGACCUUGGGAGGGAGGGCGCCCUCGCCUCAUACAUUAGAGGGCAUGCGCUUUAUUCUUAUCGCCUUUUCGGUCUAUCUAACUAUACUGUUGUAACCAUUCAUCCGGGCGACUUAACACAGGGCGAAACGCGCAAAGGAAGAGGAGCGCAUUGCCCUGAGAAAGAAACUGGAGGAAGGAGACUCAGUCAUUAUGACAAGAAACCGGCUACAAGCUUUCGACGUUAGUUUCUAGACGAUCCUCAAGGGUGGCAAGAAAGUUUCUUUGGCCUUCCCACGUUUUCAUAAGGAGUGACCACCACAACCACCUCCUAUCUCUUUCCUUUCGACUCUUUUCCUUCUAAACCUUCCCGCAACGUUGACGGAGGUCACUGGGUGCACUGGCAGGACGUUUGCGAUCUGGCAACGCACUUUGGCUCCUUCGAGACACCAGAGAAAUUUAGCUGUGUGGAAUACAACACUUUCCCCCAGGACAAUCCGGAGGAGAAGGCAAGGCGUGGGGCUACUAAUUAAGGCUCCUAAUUCGUGAUCGUGGUCACUUGAUGAAGUACAGUAGAAGUUGAAAUAUUAAAGUUGAAAAUAAAUAUUGAAAUUAACUAGCUUCUUAGAACACCAACAAGAGCGGAUGACGAUGAUGACCAACAAGAAGAACGUCUUCGGGAGUCUUCAUCUCUUCUUGUCUCUUCUAAUUGCACAUGUCUUUUCUAAUCCCCACCCGUGGUCCUCAGCUUACGACUUCGCCGCGCGGGAUCGCAAGCAAAGGGUGGCGCAUUAGGCGGCGGUCCGUCAGGCGUAGGGAGUAUCAAAGUCUGUCAUGAUGAUGAGCUGCUUAUGUGGCAAGAUGACGUGGUAGAUGAAGAUGCAGAAGCCGGCGAUUCUCCGGCACAUGAGGAAGCGGAGAAGACAGAAAAACACUCACCGAGUAGUAUGGCUUGGUGUUGAUCUUCUCAAUAUUAUAUGCUCGUGAGUGGUCCAUACAAGAGCGAUUUCUCAUGGUUCUAAAACGGUACCUAUAGAUUGACAUAGAAGUAGAAGGAUUAGAUUUCUUUUACUUCAUCCAGCGCAUCAACUCACCCCCUCUAACCCAAAAGAAAAGCCUGCUCCCUCACCACCGCCGCCGGAGCCUGCUUCAGUUGUCCUAGCUAUGGAACCGAUUGAACCGGCCGCACACAAAGGCGCUUUCUUCUUCAAGAUAGAUCAUUGGAAAUUCGGUUCUUAUCCGAUUGAAUCUAGAACCGGAACAGGGCCAUGUCGUAUGAAGUGCAAAGCGGCUUAUGCGGAGAGGGAAAAGCACUUGGCCAGACUGGAGGAUAGGUUAUGAAUAGGUUUGAAGUCACUUCUCACCUUUUUUAGAAUCCAUGUUGAGAACCUUUUUUACCUCUGCGUUCGCCAUGAAAACAAAUCUAUCUUACUUCUGUCACGUAAGUAGAUGUAUCAUCCCUUCAAGCAAGAAUCCAUUCAACAUGUUCUGUCGCCUCCUUCUCUACUUCUAACGAAUGUUGCCAUCGGAAGCAGCGAAGCCUUCAUGGCCCGGGCCGGCGUUAUUGGCGGCAGUCUAGGCGGAGGCGGCGGUCAUCAUGGUGGUGGAGGUCAUCAUGGAGGACGCGGUGGACACGACGACAAUGGAGACAACGUGCCACACGUCUUCUUCGAAAACAACCCCGUGGAAGUGACCAGUGUCUGCACGCAUCUAUGCGGUCCGAACGCGCCACGAGCCCAAUGCAGUUUCGAAUUACCCAUCGUUCCUGGCCUAUUGCCGGGAUCAGACCAGACAGCGAGCAGCAGUACCACCAGUGGAGGAGGAGCUAGUGCUUCAGCGAAGAACACCUCCAAAGGGGUGGAGCACUGUUUCCUUUUGCUAGAGGAUCCGGGUUUUGGAGGAGCUAAACAUCAAGUUCUAGUGAAAAGCAAUGACGCGAAGUUCGUUGCGAAAACCCAAUGGAUAGAUCCAGUAACGUUUUUGGAGCAAAGAUCGAAGAUACCAGUGUUGAAAAUACCACCGCCGUUGGAGGAAGGGGAAGCGCCGGCUGUUAUGAAUCGUAAAUGUAAAAAUCCGAUAAUUGAAUGGGUGGGAAGAUAGGGGGCUUGAGCAAGUCCUUGAUGUGCUAGUAUUCAUAUCGAUGCCUAGUACAAGUUGUACUUCACUCAAUUUCUCCUUUUUGGGCUUGAAGAACAAUCUUCGUCUCUGAAGGUCUUUCCUCCCAACGACUCAUCAUCCUUCCAUCCUUCAUCCCUCCAGUGGAAAGACCCCAAGGCUACAGUCUCUGGGCGAAGUACGAGUUCGUUUCACGCUUUUCCGGUGCUGGAUUACCACGCAUGGUCCACGCUUAUACCUACUGCGCAGAUCCGGAAGUCAGAGCACAUCUGCGUCUCAGAGUACUAGUGAAACGAACGAAAGCAGCUGCACCAGCAACAGUAGAGGGAGAAGAAGAAGAGGCUCCUCCGACUUUAUACUAAGGCUUCCUCUAAUAAUUCAUCUUCAGAGGCAUCUUCGCCACGUUUUCAAGGGGAAAACGCGUCAAAGAUGACUUUCAAGAUAAGUUCUAACUAUACCCAGUGUGGACCGAGGAUGUCUACGUCACCAGCUUUCUACCAAUGUUCAGCUUUCCCCUACCGCAAGAAGAUGACACCUUUAUCCUCCUGCUAGAAGCGAAUCUGCCACAAGCAUGCACGCAACCGGACUACUUUAUCCACUGCUUUGAGCAAGUGGUGUCGGAGAAACAGCCAUCCUUUGAGGAAUUGGAUAUUAUGAACAAAUCUUCUGAAUCAGAAAUUAUAACGGACCUAAUAAAGAUUAACUAAUCCACUAUCGUCUAGAGCAACUGCAUUAUAAUAGGAGCUACUUUCAGCUAGUAGCGUAGUCCUUUGUUUUAUCUCGCCUUAAAAUACGCUUUUCUACCUCGCCUCCUUGCGCUGCUCUAACAUCCAGUUCACCCCAUACGAAGUGAAGGCGAUCGAUUUUUCGAAUCACAAGCUCUUCGACGUGCCUCUCCAAGACCUGAAGACCUUUGAUCCGGUGAUAUUGCGAGAAAGGAUCACGGUGGCGGUACUGUCCUCUUUCUUAUUGGGUUGAUCUUCUUUUUGCUGUUUCCAAUAGCUGCUAGCUUAUGAAGUAGUCAAGCAAGUAGAAGAAAUUCAAAUGCAGCUUAAAUACAAAUUUUUGUCAAACUCCACAGAGUCCCACCGACCGCGUAUCUGCCUGUUUGCGCAUCACGGCCAAUUUUGCAGAUGUCUAUUUCGUCGCCACUCUGUUCGUGCAACAUCCACCUCAAGAGGCAAUGCGACCGGCGAAGAGCCAGAGGUGUGGCGAAACAGCAACAAGUGAAGAAACAGAUGUUGAGCCGUUGCCAGCAUUAGAGAGCAACAUUGACAUCGACCCUGAGGAAUAUGGUGGACGGGCCAAUUGGCUUGCAUCACUUGAAGCCGUCGCUCAGAGUGCAGGAAAAGACUCUGCUACUUUUGCCCACGUCGAAUUCAUGCCGAACGCGACAUACAUCUUGCAAGUCAAUCUAGACCCUAGCAAGUGUGCGGGUAGGACAGAGCUACCUGCUUUGGCGGUGAAAGCAGAAGAAGCAGCUGCGGAAGGAGGAGAGGGAGGUAUUGAGAUUUAAAACACUGAGGCCUGCAGAGAGAUCAGCGAUACAUCAACAGCAGAGCAUUAUAAAAUGUGAGCGAGUCAAUCAGCAUCGCGGUUCCGACAUUUCUUAGUUGUACUUAUAGAUGGAGCUGGAGCUGCUCUCUCGCGCUCGACGUUGUCACUUUACAUUGCUACUUCGAAAUAAUGGUAUAAUCUAGAAAAUUGCCACCUAUCAUGAUCUCCUUCCAAGAUGAAGAACAUCUCCAAAAUCCCUCAUCAAAACAGAAGAAUGCGCUCCUCCACCUCCCUCUUCAUGGAAGCUCGAGAUAUUUGGAGAUGGAGACUUGGUGGUAGGCAACGACACCAACGAACUGGAUCUCGAAACGAUAGUUAAGAGUAGGUUAAAGGUGCUUUUCUUACCGCUUUUUAUGCCUCUCCUAAGGUGGGAGAAAGGCAUAACAAGCGGGGUAAGCGAGCACCAAAAGCCUACCUCUAAGAUAGUAAAGAAGAACUGGGCGAAGAAAGCAGGAGUCUCCUUACCUGAGAGGGAGGAAGCAGCAACAGUCGCCAGGGACAAGUGGUGUGCAGACGGUGAUCAAGGGUACUCAUCUUUUCCUAAUUGCCUACGUACAACUUUUUGCUAAUCACCUACGUACAACUAACUAGAAGUUUAAGUUCAUCUUCUUCUGGUACCAGCAGACAAUUAUGAUCAAAUGAAAUAAUCUCAACCUUGUUCGAACAAUUUUCAAUAAUCCUAACACCUUGAUGCCCUCUUCUAUCUUCAAUAUCUUCAGUGAGUUCGAGGCCCUCUUCCUCUGUAACGCUGCUGAAGCAGAGCAAGGUGGUGCUGGCGGCAUCGCUGUGGAAGUCAUAGCAGACAAGUACAGACAUGGCCUCUCAGAUGCUGAUGGUCAUCAUCAAACCAAACAUGUCCUUCAAUUCCUCUACGAUACUCUGAAGAAGCCGGCUUUUGUCGAAAGGGACACGGGUAUGGGUCCUCAGCUUCUAGACCUCGCAACACUCGACAAGGGAGACGAUUCCGAAGCUAGGCAGAAGCUGUGGGAUGACUACAAAACGGAGUGUGCUGACAGUGUCGCAGUGAACCAGGAAACGUUUGCAAAACUGUUGUCUUGGUUUGUUUCGACUCCAUUUGGCGACUCGGCGUUGGCGGAGACGAGAGAAAACCUCAUCUCGUACACGGCAGCAAGAUGGGAGAAACAGGCAGCAUUGAAGGAAGCUUUGCUGGCGUUUAGUGAGGAGGAAGUCUUAUGAGAAUGUUUUUGGCUGACGCUCGUCUAGGAGGUCCUCUAAUCACCUCCAAUAUUAAGAUUUAUUCAUUCUUCUGUCACUGUCACUCUCAUGAUCUUUUUCUUUUCUCUUUUUCUCUUUAGACUUGUUCUUUAUUUUUUUCUCCUUACUUGUUGUGAAUGUGAAGACACUCCUCUUCUAGGUCCUCUAAUCAACACCUAGUAUUAUACGUCUAAUUUCAUUCUUCUCUCUGUUACUCUCCUCUUCUACCUAUUGAACCUUCUACCGGAACCGGAAUCUCUUUGAACCCCCUCUGCUCUAAGUCCCGCCACCGCCAUCUCCGAAGCCGAGGCAGCAGAUGUUGCCGUUAUAGAUGAAGCUCUCUUAAAAGGCGCAAAAGCGCGGUUAGAACUGGAAACGGGUGUGGUGCCAAAGCUCAAAGAAAAACUAACUGCCUUAGAGGAGUUGCGAGCUGCUGUGCAGGAAAAGCAAGAGCAGGGAGCCGAGUCAGGUGCUGAGUCUGGCGCAGAGGAGAAGGAGGCGGGGAUAGUACAACCUUCACAUUGUAGGGAAAAUGCUAGUACUACAGUAGUAGGGAAAAUGCUAGUACCACAGUAGGAGUAGUAGGGAAAAUGCACAUAGGAGUUGUAAGGAAAAUGCUAGUACUGUACAGUAAGUAGCUUGUUCUUGCAGCUUGUUGUUCAACAUAGUUUCUAGUAGUAAACAGGUUCAAGGGUGAUGAUCUACAAGUUCUGGUCAUGAUCAACAAGUUCCUGCAUCCGGAAGUUUUAACACCUCACGACCAUCUUCCCAAACACCAGGUCGAGCAACUUCUCGAGUUCCUAGCAGAAGGCAAGAAAUGUGCGGGAAUCGCGGCCCUAGGGCUUGCCGAAAUCGACUUAGGCGACGAAUGGAAAACGGUCUCCGAAAAGGUAGCGGAGAUUACCGCUGAAGGUGCCGCGGCUCAGGAGGGGGCGAAGGAUGAGUGAGGCUUAUUUUGUUGUAUUUGUAUAAGUACUCGAAGUACUAAACAGAAAUUUGUAUUGUUUCAUGUUGCGAUGAUCAAUUACGAGCAGGAAAAAUCUAAAUCUACAAGAUGCAAUCGAAGCAUGACGAAUGAUUUUUACUGGUUCAAGUUAUAUUCAACGUUGUCGUGGUAGCGGCAGCUGCAAAAGCGCCGAUUAUUCCAACGAGUUAAGCAAGAUGUGUGAAGAUGAAGUACAGAACAGGAGAUGCGCUUCCCGCUGCGCAUGAUCCUUGAAUAGUGCUAUUCAUUGUCCUCAUUCUCCCCUUGUAGUAACGAUCUAUGGCUAAUGUUCUGCCUAAUCAUCACCUAAACUAGUACAGACUAUGGCAGUUCAAGUUAUCUUUCAACUUAUGUCGACAGUAAAAUGUAGUUUGUUAAUCAAGAACUAAGACUAACUAAGCUUAGAUUUAUUACUGACAGAUUGGCAGAAAAAAUGAAGAGUGCACAGGAACAGGAAGCAGAGCCAUGAUUAGAGGCUUUUGAAUUUUGCACAGUUACGACAUGGCCAAAAAGAUGAAACAGAUUCAGAGAUCACAUAGUGAAAGAUUUGACCUGCUAGGAGCUACGCAUAUUAUAGAAUCCAUAACGCACCCCACCCACCCGCCUUGUACUAUCAAGGGUAGUUACGCAUCAUCAGUAGUAAAUGCAGACGGGUACUAAUAAAGCAACCUUAUCUGCUCUGAGAUCGCCAUACUUCACCGUUCACAUUCCCCGGGAGAACAGAGAUCUCCAUGAUCACAGUGAUCUGUCAUGUAGUGGUACUGGUUCGCUUGCACUCCCUCCUCUCUGUUGAUUGCGAAACGUACUGUGCCCCUUUUGGUGGCCAGAAAACUUUUUUUUCUGAAAUCUCCAAAUCCAAAUCCAAAU